CACAGCGGCUUUCAGUUAUUUCAAUUACGCAAGUGAAUGUGGUCUUAUCCGUGGAAAGUGGGGUAUGAUUACAUAUCACACUUGUUGAAUUUAUCGGAAAAAUCAUAUCGUAAAAGGAUUCAGUUGACUUUCUCUAACGUGAAGUCUUGACGCUGCCAUUAGUUUCCAAGAAAAAACCAGCCGCCAGCAGGUGGACCUGGUUAAUAAUUUUGGACCCUCUCUCUCGAAUCUACAGAAUGUAAGAGGAUGAGGAGGAUCACUUUGUGAGUCCAUGUCUUUGAUGCAUAGUGAUGGGGCGUACUGCGCAGUCUGUCUCUCGUUUCUUCUCUCUUCGGAAGAAGAAACAAAAUGAUUGGGCGUUUCCUGAAGAAUUAUGCCGUCGUUUUACACUUGCUGAGAUCAGAGCAGCAACUCAAUGUUUCGACCGAACCUUAGUUAUUGGUGAGGGUGGCUUUGGCAGAGUAUACAAAGGGCGUAUUAAGGUCGAUGGGGAUGAGGACAGGAUAGACGUCGUUGCAAUCAAGCGCCUUUCCAGAGAUUCAGUACAGGGAGUGCCUGCGUUCAGGGCGGAGGUACAGCUACUGUGCCAGCUGCGCCACCCCAACCUCAUCUCUCUCGUCGGAUUCUGCCAAGAAAAUGGAGAGCGUAUCAUUGUCUACGACUACAUGCCCAACGCGCGUUCAAUACACUACCUCCACGCAGGGGUUAAGCAUGCUGUCAUCCAUCGAGCUGUGAAAUGCUCCAGCGUUCUAUUGGACCAAAACUUGGUGCCCAAGCUUUCUGACUUCGGGUUGUCCAAGAUGGGUCCUCCUGUCUUGUCAAAUGCAUUAAUCAAAUUAACCUCGCGGAUCUUUGGUACAAUAGGCUAUCUUGCUCCAGAGUAUGCAAUGUUCGGACAACUUACCGAAAAAUCUGAUGUCUAUUCAUUUGGAAUGGUGUUACUUGAAGUGUUGUGUGCCAAAUCUGUUUCAAGAGAGAUAUUUGAAUGUGUGGAAAGGGGUGAGACUUUCCCUGCUAUAAUUGAUCCUUUUCUGAUUGGAAAAGUAGCUCCAGAUUGUUUGAGAAAAUUUAUGAUCAUCGCCAUGAGAUGUGGGCGCCCUGCAGGAGCUGAACGGCCCACGAUGGGUGAAGUGCAGGUGGAACUUGAGUGCGCACUGGAGUUGCAGGAGAGGGCUGACACCGUCAAGCAGCUCAAUGAGUUGAGGACAAGUGCAAGUACUUCUCUUGCUCCUCUUCCUGCCCAUGACAUGGAGGACUAUACCUACCAAAAUAUAUCAUUUUCUGAGAUCAAUGAAAUCAUCUGUAAUAGGUAUAGGAAUUCGCGAGAUUCUUUUAGCACUGAUGAGGCAGCUUCUGUUGAUGGCAUUGCCAGCCUUGAUCAAGCAUUAUAAUGAGAAAAUAUAUUAUGAAGUUGUUUCUACAAAAUAAAUAUAUUAUAAAUUUGGUAGCAUUGAUC